AUGUCUCGUUUACAGCACGAAGGCUGGCCCGACUCAGUAGGCUGGAAAAACAAGGCCGCCCUUAAAAAAGCCGCAAGUGAUACAGUAGGACUCACCAAGGAGCCGCUCAAAGCCACUGAGCCUGACAAAGGCACGCAGUUCGCGAAGAUUAUCAAAGAGGGAGCAAGCUAUCUCCUCAGGAGUGUAGUAACGAGUGGGGGUGAAGGACGACGCCAGUAUGAGCUGGAUCUCGAACAAGCUUGUGCCGCAUUUCUCAAGAUCGCUAUGAAUAUCAGAACACUACUCAUGGAUCUCCUACUAGAAGAGGAGAAGGCGCUAUAUGCUUUGGGGCAAGAAGAGAUGUUGUCAAGUGAAAUGGAAAGAAUGACAUUGGUCACAGCGGUCCAUCGAGCUGCGUGA